CCAAACAAUAUCUCAUUUCCGCCCCCUGGUCCAAGCUCCGACUGUCCGGGUGGGAGAGCGCGAUGAUGGCAUAAAGGGGGAAGGAGGAGAACUCGAAAGCCGAAACCCCAGAUUCCCGAUUAAACCCUAGGUCCUGGAAUUCGCUUGCUACCCAUGGCUUCCAAUCGCCUACUCCUCGUUUUCUUCCUUCUUUUCUCCUCUUUCUUCGCUUCCUCCCCUGUCUCGGCCGGGAAGGUCCCGCUGGCUCUCUACUACGAGACCCUGUGCCCUUACUGCUCCAAUUUUAUCGUCAACUACCUCGCCAAGAUCUUCGAGAACGGGAUGAUCGACAUAGUCGAUCUCGAUCUCGUCCCGUACGGCAACGCCAGGGUCGGAUCCAAUGGUACCAUCUCUUGCCAGCAUGGUCCAUAUGAAUGCGUGCUGAACACUGUAGAAGCCUGUGCAAUCAGUGUCUGGCCUGACGUGAAUGUGCAUUUCAGUUUCAUCUAUUGUGUUGAGAGUUUGGUGGUGGAACAUAAAUACCUUGAGUGGGAGUCCUGCUUCUCAAAUACUGGGUUAGACUCACAUGCUGUUUUGGAUUGCUAUGAAAGCGGAUAUGGGAAAAAGCUUGAAUUACAGUAUGCAGAACAAACAGAUUCUCUUCAGCCCCCUCACACAUAUGUGCCUUGGGUGGUGGUGGAUGGACAGCCUCUUUAUGAUGAUUAUGAAAAUUUUGAAGCUUACAUCUGCAAAGCUUAUGCCAAUGAGCUGCCAAAGGCUUGUGCAGGACUCUCUCUUAAGAUCAUCCCGGAGGAUAAAAAAAAUGACAAAGUGUGCUUCAUUGAUAAGAUGACCAGCUCUGCCAUGACCAUGAAGAAUGAUGAAGAUAGAAAUGAUAAUUUCGACCUCCACCAUGACUUUCAUAAUCAUGUCUUCUAAUCAAAAGCCAGUAACAUUAUAGUGAGCCUUUAUCUGUGUCCUGUUAAUAGGAAUCCUUAUUUGCUGUUUCUUUCCGUGUGAAAGAUAUAUUUGUAUAUGUGAAUCAAAAGGUGCUUCGCAGGCGUCAUUGUUUCUGAUUGGUUGCAGCAAUUAAUUCAGGCUUCUGUUUCGUGCACAGCCGAGUCCUUGUAUGCCAGGGGCCACUGGAGUAAUGCUAAAGGAUUAGAACUUGCAUUGCCCAAAAAGCAGCGCACUGCCUUAUGUGGAUCAGAUCUCAAGCCCUGAAUGUAACUUUUGGGGUCCGUGUGAGUCCUUGAUCGUUGCCACAAGCAUCCAAAAUAAAACUGUUUGUCCACCUGUUUUCUAUUUUC